AUGGUCAAGGACACAGCAUACUAUGACGCGCUAGAAGUGUCCCCCACUGCCACCGACGUCGAGAUCAAGAAGGCAUACCGCAAACUCGCCAUCCGCCUGCAUCCCGACAAGAACCCCGGCGACGAGACGGCGAGCGCCAAGUUCCAGGAAAUCGGCGAGGCUUAUCAGGUACUCAGUGAUGAGAAACUUCGCAAGCAAUAUGAUGACUACGGCAAGGAGGGUGCUAUGCCCAACACAGGCUUCGAGGACCCCUCCGAGAUGUUCAACGAGAUCUUUGGUGGUCACGCCUUUGCAGACUGGAUCGGCGAGAUCUCCAUGGUCCGCGAUAUGGAGAAGUCGAUGGAAAUUACCAUGCGUCACGAGGAAGAAAAUGCCGCCGCCGAAGCAGAGGCCGAAGCCGCUGCCGCUGCUGCCGCUGCUCAGUCCCACGCUAGUGCAGCCGCCGAUCUGAAGGAUGGUAUGGAAAAGAUGAACCUCUCCGAAGAGGAACCAGCCCCGCCAGCCUACUCGCAAGAAAGACCAAAGGGAGUACCCACUCGUCUUGCCCUCACAGACCGCGCCGAAGAAGAGGCCCGUAUGGAAGCCGCUGGUGUCAGCGAAGCAGAGAAGAGCCUACGUGCAAAGGAAAAGAAGAAGGGUGGCUUGACCAAGGAGCAAAAGGAGGAACUGGCUGCUUUUGAGGCCGAGCGAGAACGUGCACGCGAGGAGCGUAUCGAGGACUUGUCCAAGAAGCUCAUCAACCGCGUCAGUGUAUGGACAGAGACCGACAAGGGCAAGGACGUCACCGCUUCAUUCCGCAAGAAGAUGGAGCAAGAAGUUGAGAACCUUAAGAUGGAGUCAUUCGGUCUGGAGAUCCUACACGCCAUCGGCCAAACCUAUACACAAAAAUCUGCCACUUUCAUCAAGAGCCAGAAACCCAUUAUUGGUGGUGUCACCGGCUUCUUCUCACGCCUGAAGGACAAGGGUACGCUCGUCAAGGAGACCUGGGGUACAGUCAGCACCGCUAUCAGCGCCCAGAUGGAGAUCGAAGAGAUGGCUCGCGCAGAGGAACGUGGAGGUGAAGACUGGACCGAUGAGAAGAAGGCCGACUUUGAGCGUCGCGUGACAGGCAAGAUUCUAGCUGCCGCAUGGCGAGGCUCCAAGUUCGAGAUCCAAAGCGUGCUCCGCGACGUCUGCGACAAGGUCCUCUAUGAUAAAACCGUCAAGGUCGACAAGCGUAUUGAGCGUGCCCACGCUUUGCUCGUUAUUGGAGACGUCUUCUCCAAGGCCGCACGCAGUCCUGACGAAGAGGGCGAUCAUCUCGCCUUCGAGCAGCUCAUGGCCGAGGCUGCCCAGAAGAAGGAGAAAAAGAAGAAGGAUAAGGAACCUAAGGAGCCCAAAGAAACCAAGGCCUAA